CUCACACUCACCCCGGCCGCCCGCCCGGUCGCGAGUUCCAUCCCGCCCCUCCCGGCUGCCGAGUGACGCUCAUGCUUGACAGCCAGAUUGGCCAAUUAGCGGUGGCUCGGUGGGUGGUGCUCUUCAGUUACUGGUUGGCAGAAUGAGGGCGCUGCGCAAAAACAGAAAAGCGGAGCGCUCGGAGCUCAGAAACUGCCAGCCGAGAUCACAGGCUCUAGGGCUGAAGCAGGAGGAGGGAAAGACUGGAAGGAAGAGAGACUGGUUAGAGGGAAAGAGACUUGGGAAGAAAACAGCAGGAAAGAAACUGCUCAUCACACUUAUAGAGAGGCAAAUGAUGGUGGAGAUGAGGACAGAGAGAGACAAAACUAUGAAAGCCAAAAAAUACAAAUAGAGCGAAAGAGGAGAAAAUGCCAAGAACAUCCAUCCGGAGAAAUGAAGAGAAUGAAAGUUUUAUGCUGCAGAGCCGUUCUAUGUUUUUCCGGCACAAAAUUCUCUUGCUGUUUUUAAGCCCUUUUGCAUUUGCCAGCCGUUGACAUUGAGGCAUGUUCAACGGUGCCAGCAGCGUCUCCUCUUCCUUCUCCUCUUCCUCUUCAUCUUCCUCCUCCUCUUCCACCCCCUCCUUCUCCUCCUCCUUCUUUUCCUCCUCCUCCUUCUCCUCCCAUCAGCAAGAAGACAAACCGAGGACAGUCUUGAAAUAUCGAAAUUUCCUCCUUGGGAUUUGCCAGCGCCGCGUUGCGCCAAGACUGUCGGAAUAAAGGACGCUGACUAUUGUAUUAUUAUUUUAUUAAUUGGUCAGUGGGAAGAUUACAGAUGAGGAAAGGGGACGCCUGUCACCCUUCCUGCGCUAAGAUUGAAAAAUGAGGCUGAAUUGGGGGAAGCCCUAAAAUGAAGCAAAAGGAAUAGAUUUUUAAGGACAGAAAGCCACAGGAGCCCCCCACAUAGCGCACUUUUAUUUGUAUUUUUUUUUUAAGAUUUUCUUUUUCGUGGUGGUGGGGGAGGAGAUUGGGUGGCUGGCUGGCUGCGGGAAGCUGCUUCCUUUCCCUUUGGAGAUGAUUGUGCUAUUAUUCUUUGCCUUGCUCUGGAUGGUGGAAGGAGUCUUUUCCCAGCUUCACUACACAGUGCAGGAGGAGCAGGAACAUGGCACUUUCGUGGGGAAUAUCGCUGAAGAUCUGGGCUUGGACAUUACAAAACUUUCAGCUCGCAGGUUUCAAACGGUGCCCAACUCGCGGACCCCUUACUUGGACCUCAACCUGGAGACCGGGGUGCUGUACGUGAAUGAGAAGAUCGACCGCGAGCAAAUCUGCAAGCAGAGCCCCUCCUGCGUCCUGCACCUGGAGGUCUUCUUGGAGAACCCCCUAGAGCUGUUCCGGGUGGAGAUCGAAGUGCUGGACAUCAAUGACAACCCCCCCUCCUUCCCAGAGCCGGACCUGACGGUGGAGAUCUCUGAGAGCGCUACGCCGGGCACCCGCUUCCCCCUGGAGAGCGCUUUCGACCCAGACGUGGGCACCAACUCCUUGCGCGACUACGAGAUAACCCCCAACAGCUACUUCUCCCUGGACGUGCAGACCCAGGGGGAUGGCAACCGAUUCGCCGAGCUGGUGCUGGAGAAGCCCCUGGACCGAGAGCAGCAAGCGGUGCACCGCUACGUGCUGACCGCGGUGGACGGGGGAGGAGGGGGAGGAGGAGGCGAAGGAGGGGGAGGCGGCGGGGGAGGGGGCCUACCACCCCAACAGCAGCGCACCGGCACUGCCCUACUCACCAUCCGAGUGCUGGACUCCAACGACAAUGUCCCCGCCUUCGACCAACCCGUCUACACUGUGUCUCUACCAGAGAACUCGCCACCGGGCACGCUUGUAAUCCAGCUCAACGCCACAGACCCAGAUGAGGGACAGAAUGGCGAAGUCGUGUAUUCCUUCAGCAGCCACAUUUCGCCCAGGGCGCGGGAGCUCUUUGGACUCUCCCCGCGCACCGGCCGACUGGAGGUGAGCGGCGAGCUAGACUAUGAAGAGAGCCCAGUGUACCAAGUAUACGUACAAGCCAAGGACUUGGGCCCCAACGCGGUGCCCGCGCACUGCAAGGUGCUAGUGCGAGUACUGGAUGCUAACGACAACGCGCCAGAAAUAAGCUUCAGCACGGUGAAGGAGGCGGUGAGCGAGGGCGCGGCGCCGGGUACAGUGGUGGCCCUGUUUAGCGUGACGGACCGCGACUCAGAGGAAAAUGGGCAGGUGCAGUGCGAGCUGUUGGGGGAUGUGCCGUUCCGCCUCAAGUCUUCCUUCAAGAACUACUAUACCAUCGUGACCGAGGCCCCCCUGGACCGAGAGGCUGGAGACUCCUACACCCUAACAGUGGUGGCUCGGGACAGGGGUGAGCCGGCGCUCUCCACCAGUAAGUCGAUCCAGGUACAAGUGUCAGAUGUGAACGACAACGCACCGCGGUUUAGCCAGCCCGUCUACGACGUGUAUGUGACCGAGAACAACGUGCCGGGCGCGUACAUCUACGCGGUGAGCGCCACAGACCGCGAUGAGGGCGCCAACGCCCAGCUAGCCUACUCUAUCCUCGAGUGCCAGAUCCAGGGCAUGAGUGUCUUCACUUACGUGUCCAUCAACUCUGAGAACGGCUACUUGUACGCCCUGCGUUCCUUCGACUACGAGCAGCUCAAGGACUUCAGCUUCCAAGUGGAAGCUCGGGACGCCGGCAGCCCCCAGGCUCUGGCUGGUAACGCCACCGUCAACAUCCUCAUCGUGGAUCAGAACGACAAUGCCCCUGCCAUCGUGGCGCCCCUGCCUGGGCGCAACGGGACUCCAGCGCGCGAGGUGCUGCCCCGGUCGGCGGAGCCGGGUUACCUGCUGACGCGCGUGGCGGCAGUGGACGCAGACGACGGCGAGAACGCCCGGCUCACCUACAGCAUUGUGCGGGGCAACGAAAUGAACCUCUUCCGCAUGGACUGGCGCACCGGGGAACUCCGCACCGCGCGUCGGGUGCCGGCCAAGCGCGACCCCCAGCGGCCUUACGAGCUGGUGAUCGAGGUGCGCGACCACGGGCAGCCGCCCCUGUCCUCCACUGCCACACUGGUGGUGCAGCUGGUGGAUGGAGCUGUGGAGCCCCAGGGUGGGGGCGGGGGCGGUAGCGGGGGGCCAGGGGAGCAUCAGCGCCCCAGCCGCUCCGGCGGCGGGGAGACCUCGCUGGACCUCACCCUCAUUCUCAUCAUUGCGCUGGGCUCGGUGUCCUUCAUAUUCCUGCUAGCCAUGAUCGUGCUUGCCGUGCGUUGCCAAAAAGAGAAGAAGCUCAACAUCUACACGUGUCUAGCCAGCGACUGCUGCCUCUGCUGCUGCUGCUGUGGCAGCGGGGGCUCGACCUGCUGUGGCCGCCAAGCCCGGGCGCGCAAGAAGAAACUCAGCAAGUCGGACAUCAUGCUGGUGCAAAGCUCCAAUGUACCCAGUAACCCGGCCCAAGUGCCGGUGGAGGAGUCCGGGGGCUUCGGCUCCCACCACCACAACCAGAAUUACUGCUACCAGGUCUGCCUGACCCCUGAGUCCGCCAAGACCGACCUGAUGUUCCUUAAGCCCUGCAGCCCUUCACGGAGUACGGACACUGAGCACAACCCCUGUGGGGCCAUCGUCACCGGCUACACAGACCAGCAGCCCGACAUCAUCUCCAACGGAAGCAUUUUGUCCAACGAGACUAAACACCAGAGAGCAGAGCUCAGCUAUCUAGUUGACAGACCUCGCCGAGUUAACAGUUCUGCCUUCCAAGAAGCCGACAUAGUAAGCUCUAAGGACAGUGGUCAUGGAGACAGUGAACAGGGAGAUAGUGAUCAUGAUGCCACCAAUCGCGGCCAGUCAGCUGGCAUGGAUCUCUUCUCCAACUGCACUGAGGAAUGCAAAGCCCUGGGCCACUCAGAUCGGUGCUGGAUGCCUUCUUUUGUCCCUGCUGAUGGACGCCAAGCUGCUGAUUAUCGCAGCAAUCUGCAUGUUCCUGGCAUGGACUCUGUUCCAGACACUGAGGUGUUUGAAACUCCAGAAGCCCAGCCUGGGGCGGAGAGGUCUUUCUCCACCUUUGGCAAAGAGAAGGCCCUUCACAACACUCUGGAGAGGAAGGAGCUGGAUGGACUGCUGUCUAAUACACGAGCGCCUUACAAACCACCAUAUUUGACACGGAAAAGGAUAUGCUAGUCAAUUCUACAGGAUUUACCUGAAGCAGCAUGAUUUGCACAAAGUCGACCAACAAAAGCAUCAACUUUUCAACUUCAUUAUCUUGGCCAUCCAGUUAGUUGUGUGUAACUGAGUUUUAGAUUGCCGGCGGAGUCGUCGUGGCCAAUUAUAGGACCUAAUUGCUCUCAGCAGGCCUGAGAAAUGAGUUGAAAUGUGCAGAACUGUAGAAACUUUAGAGGCAACUGAUUUUGCCUCUCCGAUCAGUGUGUGCCUGUUUACAGCACUAUAUAUCUUUCUCUCUCCAAAUGUCACUGAGCCCUUUAGAUGUUUAUAUUCACCACGAGAAGCCAGUCAUAAAGAUAAAGGAAAUUUGUGCAUUAUAAAUGCAAUAUCACUGUUUUAAACUUGACUGUUUUAUAUUAUUUUUGUGUGAUCAAGUGUUCCCCAAACUAUUCCAACUUUACAAGAGAGAUUGUGAUUAUGUUCUUUUCACCUGUGGGUUCUAAAAAAUGUUGUAUUCUGAAGACCCACAAAAUAUCAAAGACAUUCUGUAGUUUAUACACCGUGUUGCAAAGUGUUUACUGUACUAUUUCAAAGCUUCUAAAUAAAUAUAAAAUAUAUAUAUUAUAUUAUAUAAUUUUCCUAAAAUGUGGUACAACUCAGUUGGUUUUUAAAUGGAUUCAUACAGUCCACAUCAUACAGUAAAGUAAAAGGUAAUUCAGGGUCCCAAAGAUAAACUUACUAAGAAAAAAAAAUCAUUAAUAACUUCCUCCCAAUUUUCAUAUCUUAUUCAACCCUGUUUUUCCUUGUUGAAAAGAAAACGAAGCUCUAAGCUACAAAAUUUUGUCAAGAACUCGUACUGAAUUUUCAAUGCCAAAGAUAUAGCUGUCGAUUUUAUCAGAAGAGCACUGAACAUGUAAUAUCAAAAUCUCUAACAAUCUACAUUCUUUCAAUUCUAUUUCUAUGGCUUUGAAUUUAGAAUCAUUUAAAGCUUUUAUAAGGAAUCUAUAAAUUCACCUGUAUUUGUUGUUAGAAAAAAACAAAAACAAACACUGGGUGUCUGUACAUUUUGUGAUGUAAAAUACGUCAUUGAGAUUACUAUUUUAAGAAGUCCUCAACCAUAGAACUCACACAGAAUUUUAUUUUACAUAGUUUUACAUAGUUUUGUGACUCCUAAUAACACAUGAAUAUAAAAUCUAUUUAUAACUCUAUAUGAAUAUAUAGAGAUAUAUCAAUAUCUGAACUGGUAAAGAGUAACUGUAAGAUAUAAGGGAUCUCUAAAUUUAAAAUAAAUUAAAUAAAUUUGGAGAUAGAAACAUGGUAUGUUAUUGUUUUAGUAUUAUCUUACAUGCGAGAGUUUUAUAGCUUAAAUAUAGUCAGUGUUUUAUUAAUGAGAAAAAUUCUUCCUGAGUCAGCCUUGAAAGAUUAAGCUUGACUCUUAUUUUCAGGUCAAUGAAGUUAAUUAUUAAAUUCAUUAAGGUGUAUUUUCCUUUCCUGUACAUGUUUUUCUUUUUUUUCCUGCUGUUGUUUAUUGCUUAACUAAGAGAGAAAUUAAGAGAGAAAAAUCGGAGAAUGUGAGAUAAUCUUCUUAGCAAAAAACAGAAUUCUCAUAGCUCCCCUCUAAAAAGGCCUUCAACAUAUAUGAAUGUUUGCCCAAUCCAAAUUACAGAUCAAUUUGGCAAUAUUUACCUUAAUUGUCAACUGAUCUUAUGAAUUCAGCAAUAGUUUGAGCUGUGCUGUAUUAUUAAAGAACAGACUAAAACUUAACACAUAACAAAUGUUCCCCAUCCAAUUUUAUGGUCAUUUAAAUAGGAAUUAUUUUCCUUCGAUUUAACAUUAAAAUGCAUACACAUAUUUAUAUGUCCUUGAUAUGUAUAUAUUUGAGUGGCUUCCGGCAUCACUCAUUUGACUGUUAUCAAAUUAUAGAUAUUAAUAUGUCAUAAUCCCAAUCAUUUUAUCUAUUGAAAUAAUAUGUAUAAUGUUCCAGCCUUUUGGGGACCCUUUAAAAAUAUAUAAAACUAAUCCAUCACAUACGACACAAAAAGCACAUGCAUUCACGUCAGUGCAGCAGUAACAUUUUCUCAAACUUUUGGCACUACUACAUUAAUAUUUUGAAUGAUAGACUAUUUUAGUAAGGAUAUGUUUCUAUAUAAUUUAGCUGGAAAAGCGUCUGUUUGUUGUCAUUGCUUUUUAAACAAGAAAAUGAUUUUCUUGUUGAAUCACUCUGCUUUAAUUAAAACCUUUCAUUCUUUUACAGUUAUGGGGGAAAACACACAUCCAUCUGCCUUAUCACAUGCAUUAAAAAUGAGGAUAUACUCACUUCAUAUAUUACGGUUAUAUUCAUUCAUUCAACCUUAAGAAAGUUUCUUUAAUUAUUGAGCCCUUUAUGUCAUUGUAUAUAAUCUCCCUUGAACAAACUUCUUAUGCCAUAUAUUUAUGCAUUAGUUUUUUUAUGUCAUAGUAAGAGUUCUUCUAAUUUGCAUUUAAAUUUUUAAAUUAUAUCAUUAAUCUAUAAAAACAAACAACAAGAAUAAACAAGGAAAUUUUACCUAAUUUGUGGGAAAAAUAUUUAAAACAAAAUACUAAAUGUUUAGUUAUUAAUCAAUUAUCUAUUGCAUCCAGAAUAAAUCAGAAGUUACAAUAGAGUAAGGAUAUAAUUUUAGCAAAUUGGCUAAAAUGUUAUCUACCAAUUGAUGGGGGGACUAUGCAGUCAAAUGCUCUACCACUGAGCUAUACCCCCGAUGGGGGGACUAUGAAACAGAAAAAUGCAAUCCACUAAUAACAAAGGUUUCCAAGUAAGCAUUUAUUAGAUUAGCAUGGAAAGGAAUUUUAGAUUAAUUUUUUGUUUAAUCUAGUCAUCCUAAUAUCCAAUCUUACAUCAUUUUAUACUUAUCAAAGGAAAAUAAUAUCUAAAUUAUUAGACAAUAUUUCAUCAAUUAAUUAUUUCCAAAAUGAAUAAUCAUGAUAUUUACUCCUUGAUAACAUGGUUAGUUUUAGAGUAGUAAAAAUGUCAAAAUAAUUUCCUGUGGAAACAGUGUCUUAAUGUUUCAAAGGUAUGUCAAAAGACAAUUUUUAGAGAUAUUUUAUCCACAUGUAAAAUUCUAAUUUUUACCUUGUGAACAUAAUUCUGUGAAAUCAUUUUAAAUCUAAUAUUUAAAUAUCACAUCAGAAUUACUUAACAGAUAUAAUGGUGUCAAUAUAUGUGUAUCAUCUUUCUUGGGAAAUAUAAAGGAAACAUGUAUACUCUGUUUUUUGAAGAUAUUAAAUGCAAUGCCUUUAUCAAACAUUGCAAAUUAAGUGCUACAGUAGAAGAUUUAAAUAUUUUAAUUACUCAUCCUCUUGCUUCAUUUCUUAAUAGUGUAAUCAUUUGCUAUCAGAUUUGUAAUGUAGAAACUCUCCUACUUCUCCAACAAGAGGAGGAACAAAAAUCCUCACAAUUCUCAACAAAAACUUUAAUAAUUCUAUCUGCAUUGUACCAUCUCACCUUACAAAAAUUAUUUGCUGGAGUAAAUGUAAUAUUUAAUAUAAUUACUCAGAAUGUUGCAAAUGUUAGGCAGGAUAAAGAAAAUUACGGUACUGACGGAUAAGAGCACUGUUAAUUGUCAUUUCAUGUGGUUUUCUUUCUCCACCCUCAUAUUUCUAUGUGUGCUUUUAAUACCCGAGGAAGUCAAAAAUAUUUAAAACAUUGGUACACUUGAUAAUUUUUCUGAAAAUCCUAUAUUUUUCAUAUUGCAAUUUCUUGGGUUCUUUAUCUUUUUCAACUCCAAUUUUGUAGUGGUAAAGGCUUUGCACUUAACAUCCUUUUUAUGUUCCUUUUUAACAAGGAAAAACAGAAAUGACAAAAUUCCAUAUUUUUUAUGCCAUGGAGUAGCAAAAUUAUUUUAUAUAUUGUUAGCUCUUCCAGGAAUUUCCCUCUGCUAGGUCGAACAAAAUCCUUAUACAGUAAUUUGCGAACUACUGUUCAAUAGAGUAUUUUUGUUCUUCUAAAACUUGGCAUAGGUUUUAGAUUACAGCAUUCUAUGAGGAUGCUGGUAGCUGGGUGCCGCCAGAGUAUUGCAGGCAAUAAUAUGACUAAAAUUCUAAUACCUUUAGUGUGCAUGCAUGUAUUUCUAAACACCGUUAUUUUUUAAGUAUUUGUAAAAUUAGAAAAAUGACUUUUAUUUCUUGAAAAUCUGUCACAUGCUUAGUUCGAAGUUUUACACUCCAGAUGUUUUUGAGUUGCAUGAAAAUUUUGCAUUAACGAUGCAAAUAUUAAAAUUUCACAUGAUACUCAAAAAUAUCUGAAUGACAGAACUCAGACUUCCGAUAUAGCCGUACAUCAUAGAGCUGAAAGUAAGCAGGGAAUUUCAGUUCUAAACACAUUUUUGAGACAGUUAUCUGUGAGUGAAAACAGGGUAUUAUAACAAAAGAUGAGUUUAAAUCUUAACUAUAGUGUUUGUUACUGUGAAUGCUAUAAUACAUAAGUAAAAUGAGUGUAAAUGUAAUAUAUUAUUUUAUACUGCUGUAUACAUAUGAAAUAAAUAAAACUAGGAUACA